GCGUAUUACCAAGAAAUGUUCUGCAUUUUGCCCAGCAAUUGACCUGAAUAUUGGCAUAGCCGGUGUUGCUUCCAGCUGCUGUGAGACUUCCUUUUGCAAUGUCAGCGGUGCCAGCAGCGUGAAAACCAGUUACACCAUGGCUCUCCUCCAGGCUGAAGGACAUGACGUUGGGCAGCAGGAGACACCCUCCCCAUACUGGAUGCUCAAGUGUUGCCUCUGACUGCAUUUGAGUUUCAUAAUCUGUCCUCUUGAGAAAGAAGAAAUCACUGUGAUUCAGAAAAAUAACUGCUCUGCAAAUGCUGGGAAGAGGGAUUACAGUAUGUCUAGGUACUAACAAAGACAUUAUUGUCCUGAGGACAGCGCCCAAAUAACGAUUUGACACAGAGGAGCUUGUUUUCUACUCAAAUUUCUCUCCUUACUACACAUUUUUUGGCAGUGCCAGGGUUGUUUUUAUAAUGAGGGUGGUAAAAUACUGGCCCAGGCUGCCCAGAGAGGUGGUGGAUGCCCCAUCCCUGGAGACAUCCCAGGCCAGGCUGGAUGGGGCUCUGAGCAACCUGAUCUGGGUGAAGAUGUCCCUGCUCAUGGCAGGGCUUGGACUGGAAGAACUUUAGAGGUCCUUUCCAACCACUGCUAUUUUAUGAUUCUAUGUUUUAGCUUCUCAGUUCUUUCAAAACCAAUUUGCACUGAGCCAACAUCCUAUGACAUAAAGGUUCGUGUAGGAACAAAUGGAAGUUUGCAAAGUCAACAUGAGGGGGGAUAUGGCAAUAAUAACAACAUUCUUUCAUUAAUGGACGAAGGGAGAAGGAACAUAUGUAACAGAAGUCUAUGGGAUAAUUAAUAGGACAAAAAACAAGGAAAAAAUGGUUGCUUCCUUUUUACCCUCAUUGCAAAAUGCCAUCAAGAAGGCACACCCACUAAUUAUGAAGAACAACCUGUUUGUAACACACUUGGGCUGUAAAAUGAAUUGCCCUUUGCCAAGCAGAAGGCUCUAUUUGAUCAUUCACCAGCACGUCCCCUGUUGACCUCACAAACCUCCAAAAACAAGAGUGGGGAUAUCUAUUUUGACAUCGGGCUUGAACAGCUCUGGAAUUCACCACCUGAUGUUGUCAUUCUAGGAGCAGAUUAUCAGGGCCUGAAAAAAGUGUCAGAAACACACAUGAAUAAGGAAAUCAUCCAGUUUCAGAAUUAUUCACAUUAGAAACAGCCAAAAAUACCCUACUGAUGGCUACUUCUAAGGAACUGUCUGUUAUGUUGUUCCAUGAUUGGCAAUUUUUUCUUUUGCACAUUCUGCUACCUGCUGUCCAGAGCUAAUUUCACUUUGGAAAAAGCUCAAGAUGACAGCUCGAGCUCUUACAAGAUGCAUCUUGUCUUAGGGUCUAUUUCCCAGAAUGUCAGAAACAGAUUUUAAGAAACUCAGAGGAGUCCAACACAGAGGAAUAGAAGAAAAGGGAUGGAUUUAAGAGGAAAGGUUGAAAAAGAGAGAGUUUGAGAGAUUUUUUUUUCAAAGUAGAGCGUCAAUUCCAGGAUCUCAGUUUGCGGUACUGUAAAUGGAGGUCUGAUUUCCAGAAAUUAUUGGGCAUGGAGAAAAGCAGACCCUCUAAAUCAGGGGUGUCCAACUCCUUUUCACCAGGGGCCACGUCAGCCUUGUUGUUGCCUUCAAAGAGCCGAAUGUAAUUUUAGGACUGUAUAAAUGUAGGAUAUCCAGUCCUAAAAUUACAUUCGGCCCUUUGAAGGCAACUGUGAGGCUGAUGUGGCCCCUGGUGAAAAUGAGUUGGACACUCCUGCUUUAAAUGAUCCUUGAAAUAGAAGCAAAACUUCAUUAAAUAAAAAGUGUAAAAGGUAUUUGACAGUUACAACCAAGGGUGGAGCAAGCAGAGCGACUAAUUACAGGUAAUGGAAUAUUGAUAAAGAAAUAAAGACUGACAUGAAAAUUUGAGGAAAAUCUGUUUAGCUAACCAUCAGCUAACUUCAUUUAGUGUAAAAUACACUGAUUUUAUUGGAGGUAAACCAGCACAGGUGAGUUUAGAAUCUGAGCUUUUGGUACUGUGGAAUAAUUAAAGAAAAUGAAUGGUAUUAACCCUGGUACAUCACGUGCUGAUUAUCCGAAGGGAUUAUAAAAUUGCACUUCUAGGACUAUUGCCCCGUGCCUCCAGGCUCCACCAUUUCAUCAGUGCAGAUGCUGCUUCUGCUGGGAGGAAGGAAAGGAAGAAACUUGAAGGAGAAGAGAUCAGAUCCUCACUUCCCAUCACUCACAUGACUGGAAGAGCAAGAAAUGUGUUGGCAAAAGGACUUUUCCCCAAUGUGCCAGCCCCAUGGACUCCAUCACGGAGGACUCCCACAUGCACAUUACACACCCUUGGGCUGAUUUCAUACAGACCCAUGAGCCAUCUAGAACCUGUAAAACUGCUGUUCAAAAGAUAUAAAACCUGCCCUCCAAACAUCUUCCCAGUCUAGCUGAGAGGAUCUGGUGGAGAUGAGGACUAUUCUUGUCACCUUGCUGGCUGCUGUCCUGUGUGUGGAGCAAGCUUACCCAUUUAUGUGCUACGUGUGCCAAGAACAAGAGUCCAACAAGAACUGUUUGACCAUUUCCAUGUGUGCAAACGAAGACAAAUACUGCGUGACCAUUCGUAACAACACGGGAAUAAAGCCUGACAAGCCUAAAUAUGUAAUCUCUAAGAUGUGCUCUCCAACAUGUCCAGCAACACAAAACCAAACCUAUCAGAAGGUUUCUUGCUGUGAGAAACCAUUAUGCAAUGUGAAUGGAGUCAGCAGCAAGCAAAGCAGCUCUGGAGUGAUGUCCCUGGGUGUCCUGGCCAGUAUCACUUACAUCUUUGCCUGUGGACUGUGAUGGGUUAGGAAAAGCUCUCCACAAUGGUAUUGUUGGCUGAAAUAAAAAGUGCGUUGCUCUGGGAUAAUUACUGCUCUCAAAG